AUGGGGAUUGAAGGUGUUUCUCUUGUCUUGCUCCCUGUACUGGGUGCGCUUAUAUUGGACUUUAUUUAUUGUUUGUAUCGCCGGAGACAGCAGUUUGAGGACUUGCCCAAACCACCACAUAGCUUCUUAUGGGGUCACCUUAAACUCAUGGGCGAAAUCGCUAGCCAGCUGCCUCCGAACACUCACCCACAGGCGUAUAUCACUGCCAUCGCGCAGAAGUAUGACCUGAAGGGUAUCUGGUAUCUCGAUCUAUGGCCCAUAGCGGAUCCACAGGUCAUCCUAACAGAACCAGAGCUUAUGGAUGCAGUGCAGGUGACGAGGGUAUACAACCAACACCGGAUCGCCCAGGAGGUGAUGUCGAGUAUAAUCGGUGAAAAUCUUGUCGCAACCGUGAAUGGCCCUAUGUGGAAAAAGCUUCACAAUGCAAUGGCUCCAGCAUUUUUGCCCUCUUAUGUCAGAACACUCACAGGUCUCAUGGCCGACGAGACGAUGAUCUUUAGGGAAGCUCUAAAAAGGCUCGCGAGCGGCCGUCGAGUCUUUUCCAUGGAGAAUGAAUUGUCUAAGCUGGUAUUCGACAUUGUUGGCCGGAUCAUCAUCGAACUAAUUAACCAGCAACUUUCCAUGAACCCAUUCGUCAAACUACAAGUGGCACUGAAAAAGUGGUCUGUCCGAAAACGGGUCGAUGCGUCUGUUGCUGCGAAAAUCCAGGAGCGCUUGACCGCGCUCAGGAGUGAGAAUAUCGUGCCUUCACGUAAAGAUCCUCUUAGCAUUCUCGAUUUGAUGCUCCGAGAAACAGUGUUACAGGAUGGAACUCGAAAGGGCCUUAAAGCGGUUGAACUUCCUGAAGGGGAAUUAGAACUAUUGGUAACAAAUGUCAAAGGUCUCCUACUCGGUGGGAUGGGAACAAGCGUCGACACGCUAUGCUAUGUUUAUAUGCUCUUGUCAAAACAUCCAGAAGUCGUCCAGAAAAUGCUGGAAGAGCAGGAUGCUGUGUUCGGCAGAGACCUCGAGACAACCAUGGAGAACCUAAAGGAGUCACCAACAAAACUCAAUGAGCUAGAAUACACAACAGGCGUGAUCAAGGAGACGAUGCGGCUUUUCCCUGUUGGAUUUGGCGUCAAGGAAGCACCAGCAGGCGCAACGGUUUCGUACCAAGGCCGCGAGUAUCCCAUUGGUGGUGGCCUGGUCAUUGUCCCCUCUUGGCACACUAUGCACUUCGACUCUCAGUACUUCCCAGAGCCUAGCGCGUUCCGACCUGAGCGAUUUCUAGGUGAAGGCGUUCCCCGCGGCUGGUUCCGUACCUUCAGUCGCGGGCCGCGAGCUUGCCUGGGGCAAGACCUUGCUAUAGACAUCAUGCGCGUGAUCCUGUUGCUCACUGUUCGAGACUUCCACUUCGAACUUACCGGGCUCCGGCCUAACCCGAAGCCUAGGUCGACCUACACGGAUCUUGAUACCAUCUUCGGUGACAUCGUAUUCCAAGAGUUGUCAAUGGAGGCAAAGCCUAGGGGUGGUAUGAUGAUGACAGUUAAGGAGAAGGAGGAUGUGAUAUAG